ACAAUGGCGGCAGACAAUAGAGGAAGUUAAUUAAUUAUGAUGUGCAGAUCGAGCCCUCAUUCGUGAUCGUACGUAAUCUCGUCUACUAGUACUCGUCUAAAGCCCUGAGCGUUAUCCUGGACCUAGACUCGCUAUACUCCAUAGUUGAAAAUCACAAGUGAGAUUUCUAUAGUGGCUAUUGGGCAGUGGAUUGUUCGGUUCGAUGGCCGAUGAAGAAGCAGAAGUUAUCAUAGUUGGUGGUGGGCCAGUGGGUCUUUCAUUGGCAUGCGAUCUUUCGAAACGAGGAGUGAAAACUAUCUUGCUCGAGCGCAACAAGACUACUUCCGUGAUAGCGAAAGCAUUUGCCCUGAAUUGUCGAAGUAUGGAGCAUUUUCGCAGAAUGGGAGUCCAAGAGAAAAUCCAAAAUGCCUCUCUUCCACGUGAUGUUCCAUUUAACAUUGGAUUUUAUUCUACAGUGCUAAAUGGAUCCACUGCCCUCAAGGUAACCUACGCAUCAUGGGGUGAUAUUGUCGAUGGCAAAACAGAAAAGGGCUAUCCAUUCUAUGAAGAAGGUAUUUCUCCAGUAGUACCCAUGUUCUGUGCACAAACUGCAUCCGAACCCACUUUGAAAAAGCACAUUGAAACAACAUCUGAUUGUGUUAGUCUGUUCUUUGGACACAAAGCUAUUGCAAUUUCUCAAGAUGAAAACGGAGUUGUUAUUCAGGCGGAAGUCGAUGGAGGGUAUGAAACGAAAACCUUCAAAGGUCGAUAUGUUGUUGCAUGCGAUGGUGGAAGUAGUCCCUGCAGAAAAUUGCUUGGAACGCACAUGGUUGGGAAGUUUGUAUUAGCUCGUGCUUUUAGUGUGAUGUUAAAUUCUCCUCAGAUUUACCAACAAAUCAAGGAUGAUUGCAAAGUUGGAAUGUCAUUUGUAUCGAAUGUCAAGUUCACUGCACUUUGUUACAUUGCCAAUGACAAUAACAUAGUCAUUCACUCUUUCCUGCCACUUAAUAUCUCCGAUGACACGCUAAAACGAUACGAGCAAAAUCCAGAAAGAGUAGUCAAAUCGGUUGUAGGAUCUGAUCUUCCUUUCACCGUGCUUGGUUGUUCCCACUAUAACAUGCAUGCCUUGAUCUCUACAAAAUUUCGAAUCGGGAGAGUUCUUUUUGCUGGAGACAGUGCCCAUCAAUGGAUGCCUGUUGGAGGAUUGGGACUGAACACCGGUGUUAGCGAUGCAGGUGACCUGGCAUGGAAACUCGAGGCGGCUGUCAAGGGAUACGGUGGAGCCAACCUCCUUGACUCCUAUGAAGAAGAAAGACGACCAUUGGUUGAUUCUACAAGACGAUUUGUUUUUCACCUUGGAGGAAAUACUGUCGGGAAUGCGAACUUGUUCGUGUUUUUCUCCAUUCCUAUCGUUCGAUUAGUCGUAAGUUGGAUAGUAGCUCGAUUUUUUCUGCCGGAUGUGGUCAAUUCCAACCUUCUUACUCUUGGUUUCCAAUACUCCAACUCAAGCAUCAUUAUGCAUGAGUACAAUAAGGAUGGCAAAAUUGUGAAUCCCUCUUCGUAUGGGGGAUGCCGAUACCCCGCUCUACCUGGUUGCCGUGCUCCCCAUGUUGCCCUGCCUGACCAAGAGUCUACGCUGGACCUGUUUGGCAGUGGCUUUGUCCUUUUAGUGAUAGGUGGAGAAGACGCAGACCUUCAACCUCUUAAGGACGAGUUUGAUCAAAGAAAGAUACCGUGUCAGCAGUUUUCUUUUCAGAAGUUUCCAGAGCUAGCAGCUGCAUACGAUCGCAAGUAUUUCUUGGUUCGUCCCGAUGGCAUUGUCUGCUGGAGGUCCGACUCACAGCCUAGCAGCCUUGAGUCACAAAAGAUUGUAGCCACGGUGAUUGGUGAAAACAACUGCCAAAGGCUUCCGGUACGCAUCACACAGCUUGAUAGCCCAGCUUUUGUGCCUUUUGUCUCUGACCUUUUUCUCCGAUUUGGAGUUGAGAUGAUUUUGAGCAACUACCUUGGCCUUUCUAACAUCACAUCCUGGCUAAUUGGUUUUGGUCUUUUCUGGACAUCAAGGGCCAUGCGAGUUAAACAACUACCCCAAUUCAUUCAGGAAACAUCUCGUCACAGUGCAAUUGUGAUACAAGAGUUUGGUAAUGCAGAUGCUGUCCUCAAGGUUGAUCCCCGUCAUACUGGGAGUUUUGGCCCUAACGAUGUUCUCAUUCGAGUGUUUGCUGCAUCAGUUAACCCUGUUGAUUGUCGGAUGAGAAUGGGGUAUGGUAGUUCAGUAGUAUCAAGGCUUCUGCCUUCCACUCGCACGAGCCUCUUCCCCCUUGUUCUUGGACGUGAUUGUGCUGGUGAAGUUGUUGUUGUUGGGGAUGCUGUCACCAAGUUCUUGCCAGGAGAUUGUGUGUUUGCUGUUGUUCCCGUUCACAAACAGGGCACAUACGCCCAGCUCGUUUCCGUGGACGAAGAAUUUGUAUCCCUCAAACCUUCCAAUGCUGAUUUCAAUGAGGCAGCAUCACUUCCUUGGAUCGCUUGUACUGCUUGGUCUGCGUUGGUGAAGAGUGCUGGUCUUAACCAGUACAAUUCUCGUGGUAAAAGUAUUCUCGUUCACGCUGGAACUGGGGGUGUUGGAUCGUUGGCUGUGCAGGUGCUCAAGGCAUGGGGUGCUGAAGUGACCGUAACAUGCUCGGCACAAAAUUUCACUCUAGCUCGUCAUCUUGGUGCUGACAAGGUGAUCGAUUGCACUGCUGGUGAUUUCUCGGCUGGACUUGGUGGUGGAUAUGACAUAGUCGUCGACCCCAUCGGUUUGGAUUACGAAAAAAAGUCACGUAGCGUUCUGAAGCAUUUUGGUGGUGCCCAGUACAUAUGCUUGAUUUCCCCGGAGGUGUUCCUAUCUCAAAAACUCGGUUCUUUUGUUGGCAGUCUUCUCUUUUCCUGGAUUUACCGAUUCAAAAUUAUCACUAAUCGAUUCCUCUUUGGUCAAUCUUUUUGCUAUUCCACAACUGAACCUGAUGGCAAGUGUCUCGAUGCUGUGUGCAAAAUGGUCGAGAGAGGCGAGAUUAGGCCACUGAUUGAGGGAGUGUAUUCGAUGGACGAGAUAGUUGCUGCUCACAAGCAUGUGGAAGCUGGGCAUACUCGUGGCCAGAGUAUUAUCACAAUUCCCUAAACUGAUAAACGGACUAUUUUAUAGUUGGCAAACAUUGUUUGCAGUUAGAUCAAUCCUAUUUAGUCAUUAAUUUUUUAGCUGGAGUGCUGUAGUGUUGAAUCAUAUUUUUCUGCAUGA